AUGUCCGGUGAACAGGCGAGCAGCCAAUAUGGCAUCGAGACGGACUCGAUGACGUUGCAGCGCUUCGUACUGCAGGUUUCAGUGUUCAAUAGGUGUUCAGAAGCAUUCAAAUGAUCGCAGGAACAAAAGUUCUACCCAGAAGCGAGCGGAGAACUUACCAGUCUUCUCACUUCGAUGCUCGUCGCAGUGAAGGCGAUCGCGUCAGCCACACAAAAGGCUGGACUCGCUAAACUGUUUGAAACCAUUUGAAAAAUCGUGACUACAAUCUGAAGUCAGGUACGGAAUCGCGGGACAAACGAACGUUCAAGGGGAAGAGGUGAAGAAGUUGGACGUGUUGAGCAACGAGUUGAUGAUCAACAUGCUAAAGAGCAGCUACACGACCUGUCUGCUCGUUUCCGAAGAGAACGACGAGCUCAUUGAGGUCUUUUCUUUACUACUUUCCUCUCUCUUCAACUGAUUUUCAGGUAGAAGAGAAAAAGCGCGGUAGCUACAUUGUGACUUUUGAUCCCCUCGACGGCUCUUCCAACAUCGAUUGCCUAGUCUCUAUCGGAACUAUUUUUGGCAUCUACAAAAAGGUAUGUUUUUUCAUUAGUUUUUUUUUUGAGCCGUAUUACUGUGAAACAUGAAAAUCUAUAUGACACCUCAAAACCUGUAAAUCGAUCCUCUUUUUCAACUCAUCGAAAUUUUUUUCUGAAAUAGCUGAAUUUCUCAUUGUGAUUCAAUGUCAUUUAGUUUAUAGAUUUAAACUGUUUCACAUGAAAAAUAGGUCAAGUUGAGAAGAUACGUAGCAAAAUUCGCAUCGCUUUGAUUUUUUAUUUUCUGGUUUGAAUAACUUUCAAAUUCACGGUUGCGAGUGGUUGGUCUAUUUCUUACCUAGUCGAAAGCAGAAAAAAAAAUUUUUUAUAAGAUUGCAAAAUUUUCCAAGCAUUGACGCGAAGCUCGGCGAAAGUUGCAAGCGACACCUCUUAAGAAAAAUUAAACUUUAAAAAAAAGACCUCAUCUUCAAAAAUCAGUUGAAUAGAGUGUAGUCGAAUCACCGCUAACUUGAGACGUAAAUGGGCGUGGCCUGUCUGCACCCUCCACCGACCAGGCACUGCCUCUUUUCUUAUCGUGUCAGGACCCUUUUUUCGAUGGCUCAAGCCAAAUGUGGAUCACAUAUAAAAACUACAAUUUAAAAAAAUACAGGCUUUUUUUAGUGGCAAAGUAGAGAGGUAUGUAGAAGCAAGCUAGAGGACAGGGAAAAAAGUAAACUAUAAAUAGGCUUACUUGUUAAAACAUUCAGAAAGCAAGGCUCAUCAUACAUGAAUUUCGUUUUUGAAUCUUCACUGAAAUGUUCAUAAAAAUGGUCUAUGAAAACGUGUCUCUCUUCGUCAGAGAUCGGAAGGCGAGCCCAAUGAGUCGGACGUCCUCCGUCCUGGCAAAGAGAUGGUGGCGGCUGGAUACGCGCUCUACGGAUCGGCCACCAUGGUGGUGCUCUCGACGGGUAACGGCGUCAACGGCUUCACUCUGGACCCAGUGAGUUGGGCGGAGAGUUUGGGACAGAAUACGUCAGUUCUAGUCGAUCGGCGAGUUCAUUCUCACCCAUCCGAACAUGAAGUGCAAGUCGAAGGGCUCCAUCUACUCUUUGAACGAAGGUUACGCGAAAACCUGGAGCAAGGGAAUUACAGAGUACAUCCGGACCAGGAAGGAUCCUGAGCCUGGCAAGAAGGUUUUUAUCUUGAUUUUUUUUUUCGUGUGAUUAAGUGUAGUAUUGCCUUCAAAACCUAAAUUCUCGGUUUUUUUUUCCCGACAGAUCCUACGGCAUAUCUUAGAUGGUUUCGCGAUAUCUUUUCUCGAGUUCCAUGUUUUCUUGUUCAAUAAUUUUUUAGUCGAUGGGCCAAAGAUACGUAGGCUCGAUGGUGGCCGACGUGCACCGGACGCUGCUCAACGGCGGCAUCUUCCUCUACCCUCCGACGUCCGCAGCCCCCAACGGCAAGGUUCGGGAUUCCGCAAGCCCUUGCACAGCCGAAAUUGCAGCUCCGGCUUCUCUACGAGUGCAAUCCGAUGGCCUUCAUCAUGGAGCAGGCUGGCGGCUUGGCCACAACCGGAACCCACCGUAUUCUCGACAUUCAGCCUACCAGCGUACGCUUUUCGUUUUCUCUUUUGAUUGCAAGCAACGAUACUAGAAGGAGUUUUGGUCCGCGAAUAUUCGUGAGCGUGAAUUGCAUACACCAAUCAGAAGGAAUAAAAAUAAGAUAGAAGUUCUGCAGCGAAUCUUUGACUAUGUUUAUGCGAGAAAGACGCAGUAUUUGAUAAAGUUAAUUGAAAAAAAUCACAGAGUUCAUUUUUGGUCGAAAAAGAUCCUCACAAUAAAACGACAAAGGAGAUUUGAGCCUCAAGAUUGGUGUAUACACAAUUCACGCUCACGAAUAUUUGCGGACCCAAAAUCUCUUCCUACUAUCCAAGUAACGCGGUCGAUUUUCUCACUGCAGAUUCACCAACGGGCGCCGAUCAUUCUCGGCUCCAAAGAAGACGUGGAUGAAGCCGUUGAGUUCAUCCGCAAAUACGACUCAUGA